AACCGCUGCAGCUUCGUUAAAUUAAUGCGGUUCCUAAUGCGUAAUUAAGCCCCGCUCCAAUUGUUCUGACUUGAGGCGGUUUUGGGCAUUCACCGCAUCAAAUAACCCUGGGGGAAGAGGGUUUUGGUUUCCCUAAGAUACUCAAAGAAAAUUUCUCAGUAACCAUAACACUUCAGUCUUUGUCAGUUCCAGCUUGCAUGUCCGCUUCAUCGUUCUUCCCGGUCACCGGUCUCCUCCCUCAGCCGUGUAGCUCCCGUGCAUGAAGGUAAAGUGGAAGGGGUCCGAGUCUUCUCCUUCUGCCGUGCAUGUCCGUGAUGUCGUCGGCGUCCUCCCCAGCCAUCCGUCCCUGUGUCAUCGUCGGCAGCCUUCUCCUCUUGCCCUGUUGUGCGUUGCCGAUCACAAGAGACUCCCCUUUCAGUCGUAUAUUCCCCUCCAUUCUCCCAAUUUAAUUUUGGUGGCUGUUGAUUCAAUUUGUCCCCAAUUCAGAAUAUGGGGGGAUGUUGUAGGGUUUAAUGUCCAAACCCAUCACUUUCAAGAUCCACCUGAAGACGCAGUUGUGACAAUGUGUGGCCAUGUCUUCUGUUAUCAAUGUGUAUCAGAUUACUUGAAUGGUGAUGAUAAUACAUGCCCUACUCGUGGUUGUAAAGCAGCACUUGCAGAAGAUGUUGUUUUCUCCAAAGCUACUUUGAGGAGUUGCUUGUCUGAUGAACUUGGUGGUAGUAAUUCCAUAAAAGCGCAUGAUUUUGAUCAUUCACUAGUGCAGCAGAAUGAGUACAGUUGGACUAGCAUGUUGGACUUAGUUGAGGCAUCAUUGCAACAAUUCUGUAUGAAAUAUAGGAGACUUGAUGGGCGGAUGUCUCUGAUUGCUAGGGACAGAUCUGUUAAAGAUUUCAAUACUGAUCCUGAGGUAACUGUUAUGCUGAUGUCACUAAAAGUAGGAAAUCUUGGUUUGAAUAUGGUUGCUGCAUGCCAUGUUAUUCUUUUGGAUCUGUGGUGGAAUCCAACGACUGAAGAUCAAGCUAUUGAUCGAGCUCAUAGAAUUGGAUAGAUUCGUCCUGUUACUGUGACAUGGCUUACUGUAAAAGAUACAGUUGAAGACAGAAUACUGGCUCUUCAGGUAAUGAUAUCUGUCUAUUUAUUUUCAUUUCAUGUGUUAAAACACAGGCAUACAUUUGGAAUAAUUGGAUUUAUCGGCAAGAAGUUCAGUUGACUCUGGAGCCCACUCUGCUACAAAUUAACUUCAUAGACUUGAUUAGCGUACUAACAUGAAGCAGUACAAAUUUGCAAAAUUUUAUGAUGUGGUAAGAUUCCUGUUAUGCUUAUUUAACAUGCAAGGAUUGUUGUUGAACUUUAUGAAUUUUGCUUGUAUUAAGAAUGAGCAUUAGCUUUUUGGCUGCCAUUUGGGAAAUAAAAAUUUAUCUAUUUAUUUUGGUUAUCAAUUUCAAAGAUUCCAGUUGUGAUGUCUGCUGAUGAUGGCUGCUUCCCUGGGCUUUACUGUUUUAGUAUGCUUAGAGUGGAGAGAUAUAACGCAUCACCCCUGCCGACUUAAAUUUCUCCUGGAUUUAGCUUGGAUGGGAAAAAUAUUCUUGCUGGUAACAUUAAGCGCAAUCUUGUUUUGGACCUGCCCUUCAGGAAUGGAGUGAUAUGUUACACCUUUUUCUAACUUGUUCAACUAUAUGCAGUUUCUAGCAGUCCUAUAGAUAUUCCACAGCAUGGAACCCUUGUUGAGAAGGAGAAAGAAACUGGUAAUAGUGAAUGGAGUUGGUUAGAUGUAUCAAAUCCCAUAUUCAAAUGCUCAGAUAAGGUUUUGGUUAAUUUUUCUUUUGUAAUAAUUUUUAUGGAUAAAUUAUUUUGUGAAAGAAAUACCCUAUAUGCUAAAAGAGUAUCACUGGGAUCUGCUACAGGUUACAUCUUUGCUGUCCUAAAUUUAGGGAUAAGUUAGUAUAAUGUCUUUUCUACCAUAGUACUAUAACAAUUGUUUCUUAAUGCCAAUUCUAGAGCCGUUACAACACAUGGCAAUAGCAACAAAUAUGAUCCAUGUCAAUUAAAGGUAAGAGACCAAUGAUUGCAAGAAGCAACGUGAUAUAUUAAUAUAGAGCCAAAGGUCAAGUGUUGGUAAACUUCACUUAAAUGCUCACUGAUCAUGCAUUACAUGACAAACUGCUUAUAUAUUACUAUACAAACUUAUAAACAAGCCUUUCCUUCAUGUCUUGGUCUUCCAAUGUGAUUACCAAACUAGCAACCUGAGCUCUAUUCACCGAGAGACAAGAAAAAGCAAGAAAAGCAAAGGAAAUUAAACAGGGUUAGUCGCUUUAAAAAAGGCGUAAGAUAUAAAUAUAAAUUACUUGGGUUCAAUAUAUCAAGCUAAAUUAAAAUGCUUGAAGGCUUCAUCAAGCUCACAUUUAUCAAGCUCACAUUGAUAAAUUACUUGGCACAUGGCAUUUGUAAUGUUUAAUUGUUUAUGAGGUUUUUAUGCUUUGGUUGCAGAAUGAUUUGCUUCAGCUCUUUCAGCCUUUGAGUCAUAACAAAGCUUGUGAUGUUGGGUGCAAAAAAUCAGCUUUCCUUUUUAAAUUCAUGCCUCAAAAUGAGACUUUUGGUGUUCCUUCAGAAAUUUAAGGGUGCUUUAUUUUAUCUUUCUUUUUGUUAAUCUGCUACUUAUUUCAGGCUCUUGUCCAAAUGCAAGAUGUUGCUUCAGCCAUUAAUGCUUUACAAUUUUAUGCAAAUGUUCAGCCAACCAUAAGGGGGAGGAAUGUUUAUGUCCAGUUUUCCUCGUAUCAAGAACUAACAUCAAUGGAUCAAAAUCAAGGGCGUGGAGAUGAGGUUGGCAUUAGAGUUUUCAUGUUUGAGUUAAAAGUUAUUACUGAAAGUUCAUGGUGUCAAUUGAUAAUUGAUCCAUGUAACGACUCAUAUAUGGUAGUAUAUAUUUUGAUAAAUAGACUUAUGAAUAAGUUAUCUGUGCUUGGAUACAUGGUUACAUUAGUGCUUGUUUUGAGUGUUUUAAAA